ACAGUCAACAGUCAGUUCAUACCAGGAGGAUAUCGAUAGGAGGCGCGGAGGACAAGAUUUACCAGAAUUUUUCGAACCAUAGAUAAGUAGUUACCGCCGAAGGUUUCUGACUUCAAACUUCGUCCCACCUACACAUCUAGUUUACCGUUUUGAUUGUGUAUAUCUACGAUUGUACGAGGGUGACCAAGGCCAGGGUCGCUUUGGAGGGCCCUACCUUCACACUAGGGCGGUAAGAGUACAAUGGCGGCCAAGGAGAGAGUGCGGAGCAGCGGAUGGCACUGGUCACGGAUCACCGCCAACAUAGCCCUCGCUCUGCUACUUGUAGCGGUCACUGGGCUGCUGAGCGGAGUUCGUGGGAGCGACGACCAGGUGCCGCAACACAGAAGAAAGCCUGGACAAACGGCUGAAUUGGAGGAGAUUGACGCUCCCAUGGACGAGGAUGAGAUGACAGAGCAGCGAUUACGCGGUAAUGGCAUAGUCAAGAAACUGGAUGGUCGCGAAUUCAGCAAAGAGUUUAGCGCUCUGGAGACUGAUUCAGGACGCCUGGUCGACUCGGAAGAGUAUGGAGCGGCGUUUUACGUGAUCGUGGAGCCUUACAGCGAGGAGUGCUUUUACCAGCCAGUGAAGUCAGGAUCGGUCCUACAUGUCCUCUUCAAUGUAGAAGCAAACCCUACAAUCAUGCACCCCGACGUGGACCUGGAGGUGACGGACCCGGCCGGAAACGUUGUACUACAGGAGCUACACAGCAGAGGCAACGCUCAAGGCGACCAUGAUAAACGCCACGACAACAGUAACCAUGACGGCUCCAUGGUGAUGGUGAAGAAGACCGGGGACUACAAGGUGUGCUUCAACAAUCGCCAGAGUAACUCUGCCAUGUACCGCAAGCAGCUCUACUUGGACAUCGGUCCUGUGCUGCAUGUCAAGUACACAACACUGCCAGACAACCUGGACCAGGAGAUUGUUGAAAAGAUCCACGAAACCCUGGACACGUGCAAUGAUCAUCUGGACGGCAUCAUGGACUUCCAGCUGACACAGCGGCGACAUUACCAUCAUGACAUGUCAAUGGCCGUCAUGAACGAGAGCAUGGUGGUGUACCGCUCUCUACUCAUCGUUACACUGAUGGGCCUGGCAGUCCUGUUGCAGACAGUGAUUAUUCGAACGUUCUUCAAAACGACGGCCAGAGUGUAAGCGGGGCCUGGCCUGUCCUGGCCACUCUGUGAUCACCUGGAUUUGUCGAACACAUGCGGACACUAACUAAUCGGAUAGUGGGGAGCAAGAUCAUGUUACCCACUCUAACCGUAUACAGUGCUAUAUCAGCUAUAUCCUAUAUCCUCCAGAUACUCGUACCGUGCAUCCUGUUGUUGCUUGGGAACUAACUUUA